CUGCGCAGAGCCCGCGGCCACGUCGCUUUUGCGGCACCGAAGACCACGCGUGUCCGCCAUGGCUUCCGCGGACUCCCGGCGGGUAGGGGACGGCGGCGGUGCCGGGGGCGCCUUCCAGCCCUACCUAGACUCCCUGCGGCAGGUGCUAUGGCAGCUCAUUCGGAGCAGGAGGAGCAGUCAGAGGGCUGUUCUCCUGGUCGGCCUCUGUGACUCUGGGAAAACGUUGCUGUUUGUCCGGUUGCUAACCGGCCUGUACAGAGACACCCAGACUUCUAUUACUGACAGCUCCGCCACAUACAAAGUGAACAGUAACAGGGGCAGUAGCCUGACCUUGAUUGACCUUCCUGGCCACGAGAGUUUGAGGCUUCAGUUUUUAGAACGGUUUAAGGCUUCAGCCAGGGCUGUUGUGUUUGUUGUGGACAGUGCAUCCUUCCAGCGAGAGGUGAAGGAUGUGGCUGAGUUUCUCUAUCAAGUCCUGGUUGACAGCAUGGGUCUGAAGAACGCACCGUCACUCGUCAUAGCCUGCAAUAAGCAAGAUAUUGCAAUGGCAAAAUCAGCGAAGUUAAUUCAGCAACAGCUUGAGAAAGAACUCAACACCUUACGAGUCACCCGUUCUGCUGCUCCCAGCACACUGGACAGUUCCAGCACCGCCCCGAUGCAGCUGGGAAAGAAAGGCAAAGAAUUCGAAUUCUCACAGCUGCCGCUCAGAGUGGAGUUCCUGGAGUGCAGUGCCAAAGGUGGCCGGGGGGACGCAGGCUCCGCCGACAUCCAGGACCUGGAGAGAUGGCUGGCUAAGAUCGCCUGAGGACGGCUCCAGAGCCCGGAGUGCAUGCGCGUGUGCGUGCACCUGUGUGUAACUGACAGUUCGGGGAAAGAGGCUGUGGUAGUCUGGAGCUCAUAAAGAAAGGGAGGGUACAAAGCGUGGUUUAGAAAUAUUUCCUCAUUCUAGAAACAAAUCACUGUUGAAACCAGCUUGGGUUUUAUUUUUGUUCUUAAUUUUCCCCGUAUGGCUCCCUUUCAGAUGAGUUCCUCUUGACUCUAGACUCAUACCUUCCCCUUUGUAAGUGUGUGAGACCCUCCCAGUGAACGCCUGCCGUAGGGCCACGGUCUCCGACACCGAGUGGACUCCAGGGAGACGUGGUGUUACGAGAUAUGGCUUUCACCUGGAAAGGCUUUACCUUUUGCUUCUGUGCUUUGGCCCUUUUUUUCUUGGAAACAAAUCUGCCUAUUUAUGAAACCAGUUGAUUCCUAGCCCUGUGUGACUUCUCAGGUUUGUAGGUACAGUACCGUGUCGCUUCCCCACAGGUGGCGGCAGGUCCAAGCCGCAAGGUGGAGCUCACACCCUACGUGGUUACUCACACUCAGCCUCGGCACCUACGAUUCGGAAGCCUGCCGUGAACUCGUGGAGUGGUUCCCAAGGGAACUGGGAAUGGAACUAUGAAUGUCAAAUCCCCAAAUGCCGAGGGUCCUAGAGUGUGCAAGUGUCACUGUGGAGCGUGUGCAGUUUUGACAUUGUCCCGCCUCUCCAGGUGUCCCAGGGCUCCUGGGCUACCUCCGUGUGCUGCUCUAUCAGUCCCCGUUCUGUCCCCUAACUAGAAUGUUGUGUAACAAAUACAAACAAAGUCCCCUAGAUUUAUUUCUGUUAAAAAGAAUGUUGCAUUUUCAGUGAGGUUCUUUGCUGCCCUAAACACAGCUUUUUUGUUGCUUUAAUAAAGGAUUAAUGCAUUUCUUGGUGAAGCAAACAACUGGCUCAAAGCAAUUAAGUUGUGUGGUGAGUACAGACGGGGAGGCACGUUAGGGUUCACACAGAAGAAUGCACGGAUGCAUGGUAUUUUAUUGAUGGCAAGAUAGUCGAGUUAUUUGACAGUAUUAAAUAUUUCUUACUUCAA